GUGAGGAUCGAGUGUGUGUGUGUGAGUUUUUCCGAGUCUGUGUGUAUGCGUGUGUUGCCUUGCGUCGGAUCUUGGGGUCGCUUUCUUGGCUAAGCAACUUGGUCAGCAUCAGUGUUCUCGGGGUUUCGACAGCGUAUAGUGUGUUUGAAACGCUAAGUGCUUUUUUCCAGUUUUCUUCCCUUCUAAGCCGUUAACAAAAACACAAACACCAUGGACGCCAUCAAGAAGAAGAUGCAAGCGAUGAAGCUUGAGAAGGAUAAUGCCAUUGAUAAGGCCGAUACCUGCGAGAACCAAGCUAAGGAUGCCAACUCCCGCGCCGACAAACUGAACGAGGAGGUGCGCGAUCUGGAGAAGAAGUUCGUCCAGGUUGAGGUUGAUCUGGUCACCGCCAAGGAGCAGCUGGAGAAGGCUAACACCGAGCUGGAGGAGAAGGAGAAACUCCUUACCUCCACCGAAUCGGAGGUGGCCACCCUCAACCGUAAGGUUCAACAGAUUGAGGAGGAUCUGGAGAAGUCCGAGGAGCGCUCGACCACCGCCCAACAGAAGCUGCUGGAGGCCACCCAGUCGGCUGAUGAGAACAACCGUAUGUGCAAGGUGUUGGAGAACCGUUCCCAGCAGGAUGAGGAGCGCAUGGAUCAGCUCACCAACCAGCUGAAGGAGGCCCGCAUGCUCGCUGAGGAUGCUGAUACCAAGUCCGAUGAAGUCUCCCGCAAGCUGGCCUUCGUUGAAGACGAGCUGGAGGUUGCUGAGGAUCGUGUCCGUUCCGGCGAGUCCAAGAUCAUGGAGCUGGAGGAGGAGCUGAAGGUUGUCGGCAACUCUCUGAAGUCUCUGGAGGUGUCUGAGGAGAAGGCCAACCAGCGCGUGGAGGAGUUCAAGCGCGAGAUGAAGACCCUGUCCGCCAAGUUGAAGGAGGCCGAGCAGCGUGCCGAGCACGCCGAGAAGCAGGUCAAGCGCCUGCAGAAGGAGGUCGACAGGCUAGAGGACGAGCUGGGCAUCAACAAGGACAGGUACAAGUCCCUGGCCGACGAGAUGGACUCCACAUUCGCCGAAUUGGCUGGCUAUUAAAUGGCUAUUUAAAAAUAUGGCCUUUAAUCCCAGGAACAUCAUCAUCAGCAACAACAACAGCAGCAAAAACAACAACAAUGAAAAAAAGCGGAGGAAACAGAAGAAGACGACGACGAAGUACUCUACUAAUUUUAACGAUUAUCUCAGAAUGAUAUCAGAUACCAAGAACAACAUCCAUUGUGUAUAAAAAUUUCUUUAUAAAUCUAUAUACUUCAUAAUAAAUAAAUAACAACAACAACAAGAUCAACAACAGCAACAAGAACCAAGCAUAGAUUGUAAUAGAACCAAGGAUCACAUUAUCUUUUUCAAUAUUUAAUUUUUUUUUUAUUUUUUAAAAAAUAAAAUAAACCAAAACGUAGCAGAAUGUAAAAAAAAAAACGAACAAGUCCCUCUAUCUAAAAAAAAACGAAUUUUGUAUUUUUAAAGCAAUUGUUUAAAAAUAUUAAGAAGCGGACAGAAGAAGCAGGAAAUUAAAUUAUAGAGAGAGAGAGAUAGGGAGAAAUUUAGGGAAAGAGAUAGGGCGAUAGAUCUAUAACUGUAUCUAAGCUGUUAAGAAUGAAUCCUGCUUUAAUUUGAAUUUAUAUCAUAAAAUUACACACAAAAAAACACCCAAAAAAAAGUAUACAAAAAAAAUUUAUAAAAAAUUUACUAAAAAAAAAAAUUAUAUGUUUGAUGUUUGCUUUUAAUGAGAA